AUGAAAUUAUCAUACUUUACUGACAGUAGCAACGAUAAAAAAAACAGUACAAGUAACAUGUCCGAUCUUUCAUUACAACGACCUAGCAAAGGACAUACGCAUAAAGGAGAUCGACGACUAAGCAAUCUACUCUAUCGUAAAUCAAAACUUGAAAGUGUUAAUGAAACAUCUGCAUUACUUAGUGGAUUUGAAAUUGUAGCCAUUGUCGAAUUAUCAUUAGAUUCAUAUAAAGAAAAUAAUUCUAGUAAUGGUCUUAUUAUUUGUUAUGCUAUUGUAUCGUGCCUUUUAGUAGGUAUUCAUUUACUUGCUUUACUUAUGUCAAUGUUGAGUGGCUUUUCUCAAACAGCUGCUAUUGCUGCUCUUGUUACACUGUGCCUUGUUGGUUGCCCGUUUAUUUUAUUUGCUAUUGGCUUUUGUUUUCGUGUAACACGAGCAAAAGUUCAUUUCCAUCAAACAGAUUUAGAAAAUAUGGAGCGUGGUGCUAUUGCUCGUGGCUUAUUUAUGAAUAAUCCGAAUGUUCCACUAACAUCAUUAGCAACACAUGUAGAAGAAAAUUCAUGA